AUGGCAUGGGGCAUCCCAUCUGAAUCAAGCCCAGUUUCAAGCCCUCUGUAUUACAUGUGUAACCGCUCCUCCCGACACAGAUUCGACAGAAAUUCCAAAAUCGAAAAUCUCUCAACUUGGCCUUCGCCGGCCACUUCAAAGAGCCAGAGCAUGGCUCAGCUCUUUCCCCCCUUUCAACAAUACCUUGACCAUGUUGAUAACGCUCAGCGCACAAUGGAUUGGCACAUUGGUGAUUCCACACAGGCGGCCAACGGCCUUGGCAUCAUGGAGCUACCAAGGAGGAAGCAACAGCUCGUCAUCGCAGCCAACAACGUGGACGAGGAGCUGGUGGUGUCCAGCUUGUUGGCCUUCUUAGAGGCCAUUACACUCCGGCACCCUCAUGUUAAGUGUGAUUGGUCUUCUCGAAGGAGAAAUCUCAAAGCCAAAUUUGGCGCCUCUGACCUUCGUGCCGUAGUGGACGGAGCCCUUGUGGACCCAAGAAACAACAAUGUCAAGGCCCUGAUAGAGGCCAAGAAAAACAAGUCCAAUGGGUUUGGAAAAUCGAUUCGUGUGACAUGGCAACAAUCAGCAGAAGUAGUCACAACCAUAAGAAACCAGAACCUCACCCCGGGGACCCCUGUAUUUCUAAUCAGCCAGGAGGCCAGCGAGCUCUUUCUGGUCGUCGGGACAUUCGGAGAGAAAUACCUUGACUACAUUUCGGGUAGAACAACGGAGCUUGCAUUAAAGGACUUCCUGAUGCUGGAACGAUUUGGACCCUGGGAGAUAUCAGAUGCAAAGCACUUGGAGAUGUUCGCUGGGAUUGUCUUAGCUAUCGCUAUCCAAGAGAGCAAAUAG